AUCAAGUAAACCAGGAAGCGACGUUAGCGUGAGGAAGCGCACUACAUCAUAAACUGGCAACUGUCAGUUUGUCUGUUAAACUGUAACUAACAAAGGAGCUUUUCUCACUCAUUUACAGUAGAAGAAGUCAUGAAGGUGGUCAACAGUCAUAGUGGAGGGUCCUUCCUGGUGUGGACCCUGGCUGUUCAGCUGGUCCUGUGUGGGAGUGGGGUGUACAGCGCUGAUGGCACCAAGAGCUGUAAACUGUUCUCUGAGUCAGAACGGAAAGCCCUCAAUCGACUAGAGCCACUCGCCCAUAAGAACUUUACAGUAGAGACCAAGAAUGAGAACGAGAGCUACAUAUAUGUGUUCCAGUUGUGUGGGGAUGCAAGGGGUAUUCCAGGAGCUGGGGUUGUUCAGGUGGACCGCAAGAAAAUAGAAAAUAAACCAACAGUGAUUGGCACGUAUAAUUCAACACAGGCCAUUGGAGGAAGUGACUGGGUGAUGUUGAUCUACAGAGACGGUGACAAAUAUGAUGGCCACUGUUCCAAGGAAAACAGGAAAGCCAUUAUCAUGAUCUCUUGCAACAGGAAAAUUGACGUGGGCGAGCUGAAGUUGGUGCUGGAGGAGAGGGAGAGGAAGCUCGACUGUUUCUACCUGUUUGAGCUGGACUCCAGUGCAGUGUGCCCAGUUCUUGAGUCCAAACUCAGCACUGGCUCCAUAAUACUCAUCAUUGGGUUGUGUCUUCUAGCUGUUUACCUCACUGGAGGUUUCCUCUACCAGCGACUGAUCGUUGGAGCCAAAGGGAUGGAGCAAUUCCCAAAUUAUGCUUUUUGGGUGGAGGUUGGCAAUCUGACAGCGGAUGGGUGUGACUUUAUGUGCCGGUCACAAAAUCGAGAGGAAGCCCCCGCUUACAGAGGAGGGGCCACAGAACCUUUAGAAGAAGAGCCAGAGGAGAGAGAUGACCACUUACUACCUAUGUGACCUCAAUAUGUCAGAAAUGGGACAGAAAUUUUCACUGUGUGACACAGUUUACUCUUUCAGAGGUUAGAUGAAGUUGCUGUUAGACACAAGUCUUGUUUUUCUUGUGCUGGUUUAGGUUAGGACCUGUUGACACUUUGUGUGUAUUCCAGACUUGUACCUAGGGCAACUACUGUGUGAUCUGCUUGAUCUACUUAAGAGGGCAUGUUACUCAUAGGGCUGACAGACCUGUCUCCUCUUCCUACCCCAUGCAUUUCAUUCAGCUGUUUGAUGUCAAGCAAAUGAGUGAAAAAGGAAAAGUUAAGAAGUUGGAUUUCUACGUGAUUUAAACUUAAUGAUAAUAUUGCUCAUCUUUUUCUGCUUAGCUAAUGAUUGAUUGUUGUUUGAAAUUGAUGCAGGUCGCAGCAAGCUGUUCUUCCUGAGGUCCAGGCUGUGCACUGACAGUUGCAGGUUACAAAACACACAAGUGCUUUUGCUCGUGUAAUUUGGCUUUAAUCGGUUUAUGUUUUGUUUUGAAAGUUAGAGAAGUAAUAUGAGAAUGUAAAUGUUUAAUUUUAAGUACUGACUGUGCUUAGUCAGCCAAGUAGAAAUCACUGUCAAAAACCAUAGCUUGACUGAAUUUAAUUUUUUUAGUUGGGCAUUUUCCUUUGUCCCACAUUAUAGGGAAACGCUUCUACAUCAAUGCUAAUAUCUCCCUGAAAUGGUCAGUAUUAUCAUCUUCUGACUGAAAUCAAUCAAAAAGCUUCACAGUUGUAACUAACCAUCCUCUUUUUUUAUCAGAAAAGUAAACAAUGCUAUUAAAUCGAUGUGCUAAACUUACUUACAAAUUUACUGUCUGAAGCAAAGCAUCCAGCUUAUACUCAAAUUUUAAUUAUAUCUCAAAUCACAAAUUUUUGCUCAUAAAUGCUACUAUGCAGUGAUAGGCAAUUAGAAGAGAUUCAUAUAUGAAUUCAUAAUUCAUUGAUUCAAAAAGUAUGGUAUAUUUGUAAUAUAUGUACUUAUAUUUUCAUAGAAUAAAUGAACAUUUAUAAAAAACAACCAAUGUUCAUAAUCGCAAAACUAUUUAAUAAUGAAUAUUAUAGUGGGUAAACUCUGAUCUGUCUGCCUACAUGAUAAUACUGACCCAAACACCAGAUGCACUGCUAGGCACACACACCAAUAUUAUAGGAUGAAGAGUAGAUUGUACAAAUAUUCAGGCCGCUUCAUGCCUGAUGCAUUGAUUCUUUAGGAAGAUAGAGCAGCAAUGAAAGCACUUAAUUUUCUAUACACCUCCUGUAUCAAAAUAUAGUUGUAAAAAAAUAUCAAUAUAUAUCGGAUAUCAAUAAUGAGGUUUGUAAUAUUUUUAGAAAUUUCAAAUUAUUAAUGCUAAGGAUUAAAGCAGGAUUUUUGACCUUGAUGGCAAAAUUAUGUUAGGCAGUUUAAGUUGUGAAUCAUGUGAAUCACGUUACUGUAUUAUUGUCAGUGCGAGCACUUAUGUUUGGUUUGGUUUGUUUUUACCGCUUUUUGUGUUUAUUACAGUUGACAUUUCUUUGCUUAGUUCGGUGAAUCAACUCACAUCAUCUGGUACAAAUGGUUACACCUGUGGUUGUAGUGAACUGAACAACCUCUACAUUAAUAUAAUAGCUUGUUUAGUUUAAGGAUCAUUUCAAGCCACAAACCUUUUCUGAUUCCAUCAAAAAUAAAAUACGAAAUACAUUUAUGUAUGCCCAGUGUAGUGGUGAACUCUGUACACAUCCAAGUGCACUCACCAUUGGAGAUUUAAUGGAUGUAAAAUGUUUUAAUAAACAUUUCAUGCACAACA